ACAGCGACAUUGCAAGUAAUUCUGCAUUAUUCAUUCAAUCUCAGUUUUUCUCAAAUGCAGAACUAGCUACUGUUGGUGGCGCUGAUGUGUUCUUUUUAUUUCUCUUACUCAGAUACAUGUUGCAACCACACUCAAUGGCCAGUUUAUUAGGUACAUGCUUCUAGUACUACAUAAGACCACACUUUCCCUCCAACCUUUUUAACAAUUGUAUGUGUUUAUGUUAUUGUGGCAGAAUGUGGUAUACAUCCUAAAGCUUGUUGAUCACUCUGCUUGUUCAUGAUGCCAGUCUGCUCUUAAGCGGAGGUUUUUCCGACCACAAUCUUAGUCACUGUAACAGACUCCCCCCCAACGCAGCUCACAAGACGGUAGAAUUAGAAAGCGAGCAGAGACACAGGAAGCUAUACAAGUUGUUUGAAAGGAAAGAAGAAACACUUACUGAACUUAACGUUAUAUGAAGGAACACGGAAACUUCCUAUGAAAAGAGACAUAUUGAAAAACCACCUGUUGGAAGAUUCGUUAUGUCUAAAGGUACAGAGUUCCCAACCUUUUCUCUGGAGACCGAUGACAGGACAGAUGAUGAGAGGGCGAAGAGCAGACAGGUGAAGAAGCCUGAUCGACUGGCGACAGCCCUGGGCAUGGGGUACUCAGCGAAGGCCAGAGCCCCCAUGGACACCGACUACCAAGAGGAGUUUGAAGAGGCGGCACCCACGAUCAAAUUCAAUCUCAGCUUUGACAAGAAAAUACGAGGUUUGUCGGAAAACAAAGAAGAGAGGGAUAGCAAGAGGUUUGACAUCAAGAGGUUGUUUGAGGCUGUGUCCGCUGGUGAUGUCAUGAAACUGGAUGGGCUGCAUCAGUACCUGCAUCAGUCAAUGAAGAAGCUCACCAACACUGAGUAUCAAUCACAUGGUAAAAAUGUCCUGCUGAAGGCUCUACUGAAUUUGAGAAAUGGCAGAAAUAACACAGUUGAAUAUCUCCUUGACAUCUCAGAGAAGAUGGGUGACAUCAAAGAAUUUGUAAAUGCUGCCUACACAGACAGCUAUUACAGAGGUCAAACGGCACUUCAUAUUGCAAUUGAGAGAAGGAGCAUCUACUUUGUUAAGCUAUUAAUCCAGAAAGGAGCAAAUGUCCAUGCCAAAGCAUGUGGAAAAUUCUUCCAGCUCCAUAAUGGACCCAGCUUUUACUUUGGUGAGCUGCCUCUAUCCCUGGCUGCGUGCACCAACCAGCCUGACACGGUGGACUUCCUGCUGGAGAACCCCUACCAGCGGGUAGAUGUGAGUAGCAAGGACUCCCUAGGCAACACGGUGCUGCAUGCCCUGGUGGUGGUUGCCGAUGACACACCUGAGAACACUGAGUUCAUCACGUCCAUGUACAAUCACAUUCUCACCACGGCUGCCCGUCUCCAUCCCACAUGGAGGCUGGAGGACAUGGAGAACAAUCAGGGCCUGACACCCAUAAAACUGGCUGCUAAGACUGGCAAAAUCGGGCUGUUUAAGCACAUGAUGUGUAAUGAGUUCCUCGAAAGGGACACCAGACACCUGUCCCGUAAGUUCACUGAGUGGGUGUAUGGACCCGUCCACUCUUCCCUUUAUGACCUGGCUUCACUGGACUCAUUUGAGAAAAACUCUGUCCUGGAGAUCAUCGUCUACAGCAGUGGCAUGUCUAAUCGUCAUGAGAUGCUCCAGACUGAGCCUUUGAACAGGCUACUGGAGGAGAAGUGGGACAGAUUUGCUGCACGGAUGUUUUUAGUCAACUUCCUGGUGUAUUUGUUCUACCUCUGCGUUUUCACUUGCGUCGCCUAUAACAGAAAGAAGGGAACGCCACCUUUUGCUGUGGAGCAUACCAGCGAGGAAUAUCUUCAGCUUGCCGGGCAACUGUUUAUAUUAGCUGGGUCCAUCUAUUUCUUCAUAGGAGGGAUAUUAGACUUGAAGAGAAAACGUCCCAGCUUAGACACUUUGCUGAUUGAUGGAUACAGUGAAAUCCUUUUUUUUUUUUUACAGGCAGUUUUCUUCCUGGCCUCCUUGGUGAUGUACUGCUGUGGUUGGGAAGAAUACCUGGCAUUCUUGGUGCUGUGUCUGGCUCUCAGCUGGGUCAACCUGCUAUAUUUCUCCAGGGGACACAGACACAUGGGCAUCUACAGUGUCAUGAUACAGAAGAUGGUCAUAAGCGAUAUAUUGCGCUUUCUCUUUGUCUACGUUGUCUUCCUCUUUGGGUUUUCAGCAGCCGUGGUCACUUUACUGAUGGAACCUGAACACCUGUCUAACAAUACAGCACCGCUAAAGAAUGGCAGUGUUGGAAGUGGUCGCUCCUUAUUUCGUACCAAUGAGCAGGAUCCAUGUAGAACACCGACCUACAGUAAUAUAUCCCACACCACCAUGGAGCUGUUUAAGUUCACCAUCGGCAUGGGAGACCUGGAGUUCACAGAAAAUUACCAGUACACGGGGGUGUUCUACAUUCUUCUCAUCUCCUACAUUGUGCUCACCUACAUCCUUCUGCUCAACAUGCUCAUUGCCCUCAUGAAUCGCACUGUGGAGAAGAUGUCCCUGGACAGUACCAACAUCUGGAAACUACAGCGGGCCAUCACCAUCCUGGACCUGGAGAGGAGCCUGCCUCGCUUCCUCCGGACGAGGCUUCGCUCUGGGGUGCACAAGAACCUUGGGACCAGAGCUGGGUUGGAGGACUGGCGAUGGUGCUUCAGAGUGGAGGAAGUCAACUGGAACAAAUGGAACACCAACAUGCGCAUAAUCAGUGAGGAUCCCGGGAGUGGAGAUACAGCCAGUUUGUCCCCUACACACGGCAACAUACCAAUAAGAGAAAAGACCUGGAGGGGGUUCUUGAGGACUGUCAGUGGAAGAGAACGCGCACAACCUCAGCGUCGACAACAAGUAGAAGUAGAGAGUAGAGAGAUGACCCCUUUGUCCGCUACCAGCCAUGUCUGAAGGUCUUAGUCGAAUGCUCUGACUGAAUCAGAAACUCGGUAGAGGCCACUUUUUUGGUUUAUAAUGGCAAACACAAAUGUGGACGGGGUAAAAACACAACCUAUGAUUUACAGGCUAAGGUCAUUCAUACCUCAGUGGAUAGGUUGCUACAAAACAUUUAUGUUUUGUUUAAAAUGGGAUCUUCUUCAGGCCAGGACCUGAUUUUAUAUUCUGCACCUGAUAAGUUGGAUUUGCCUAAUUAUUUAAAUUUUUCCUCACUACACAAUAAACCUUUUGAGCAAAGUCAACCCUCAAUUUGCUUAAAUGCCAGCCAGCUAAAGUGAGCUAGUAGAGAUUUUAGGUAGGACCCAGCUGUGGUUGUAUUGACCAAGUGGCUAGAAUCCUGCCUCAAACUGUGUAGAAUCCUGCCUCAAACUGUGUAGAAUCCUGCCUCAAACUGUGUAGAAUCCUGCCUCAAACUGUGUAGAAUCCAGCCUGACUAAAUUCAAACACACCUCCUCCUCCUCUCCCCAUAUGGGAUGAGACAGGAAUAGUGUUAAAUGGUGCAGGGUAGUUUAGUGGUGGGGGAUUGUACUAUGAGAGUCUAAUACAAGUAUGAAGAGUCUACAUAUCAGAACUUCCUUGGAUCACUUUUGAUAGGUACAGACCACUGCAGACCGGAAACAACCCACAAGGGCUGCAGUUUUGGAGAUGCACUGACCCAGUUGUCUAGCCAUCACAAUUUGGCCUUUGUCAAUGUUCGCUCAGAUCCUUACACUUGCCCAUUUGUAAUACAUAUCUAACUUAUCUCGCCCACUGACAGGUGCCAUGAUAAUGAGAUUAUCAGUGUUAUUCACUUCACCUGUCAGUGGUCAUAAUGUUAUGGCUGAUCGGUGUAUAUAUGGCCCCUUUAAACAUACAAAUAGUUGACUUAAUAUCCUCAGUUCAACAUUGCCCAGUAAAAACAAUCAUUAAGGCCAGAUAGCCCUCCCAGACAAAACAGUUCAUUCGUUUUCUGACAGUCAUACUGCUUUUCAGCUAGAGGACAAUGGUAGUUUAAGUAUACAUCUUCUACCUAAAGUAUCACAAUGAACAUUUACAAUGGUUUAAUGUUAUUAACGAUUGUGCACCAAUCAAGGAACUGUUGUGCACCAAUCAAGUUGCUUUUGGCAGUGACUAAUCAUAUAGAAGGUUAGAGAACGCAUUGUAUUUACCAUUAUGGAGUCAAUGAAAGCAUUGACAUUGGUGCUUGUCUGUGGAGCAGCAAGGGGAACUUCCCUGUUGCCUUCAGGCAGAUCAAAUACUGCAUUUUAAGCUCCUUCUUCUGCCACCUCCGGUCUCUUGGCCAUCCCAUCACUACAGGAUGACAGCUUCAGCCCAGUCAAAUCUCUUCUCUGUCCUUGCAUCACAAUAGUGGGACCAGCUUUCCCUUGAACCUAGGCCAGCAGUACAGGAAGUUACUGUGCUUAAAGUUGAAAAAUGCCAGUCAUUCAAGAGAAGGAACAUACUUCUGCCUUGCAUUGGGCACAGUAUGUGUUGGGCAUGUUUUUUAUAAAACUUUUAGUAACACCUUUCAAGUGCAUGUACAGCAUGUGAAAAUAAAUACAAGCAAUUAUUAUUAAUUUUUUUCUCAAAUCCAAUGUUUACAGCCCGCCAUUUUGAGUUCCACAGUAUUCUCUCUAUGGUGCAGUCACAUGGCCAUGGAUGUGUGAUUUUCAGAGGACUGACUAGCCUGGUGUAAGAAUUAUUUGUCUGAUAGCAUGUCAGAUUUUAGUAUCUGCUGUCUACAACUACAGCAGUAGGAAUACAAUCCGGCCUGCAAAUGGCCCUUCAUGGAAUAUAGUGCUUGCCAUCCUUCAACAUAGUUUUAAAAUAUUCACCAUGCCUUCUUUUGCACGGUGGAUGGCAAAAAACAGCUGUCGUUCUGGGGGACAUUUAGCAUUAAUAAACUUCUGAAAUUUAAAUGUAUUCGCAGUAACUGUUAAUUGUAAAUAUGUGUCUCUUUGCAAUUUCUAUCCUUCAAUUUAAGAUUUGAUUAAACUUUAAGUACAGAACAAUGAAAUGCAGUUAGCAUCUAGUCAGAAGUGCAAAUAGAAGAGGGCAGAGUACAGAAUAACAAAAUACAAUUAUUUACAAGCAAUAGGUAUAUGUAUAUUACAAGUGGAAUUUAUUGAUGUAUAGACAUAGUUUGAGUCUAAUAUUUAGUAAUUCACACUUUAUCCUGUCUUCAAUAUGCCCCAGCAGGCUUCACUUAAAGCAAAACCGAUUGAACAUGUCUUGAGCAGUGCCUCUGAUCCUGCAAUCUUUGCUGUGGGUCGGUCAGCGGUUUAGACAUUAUUGGCUGUGUGUUGAGUUUUGAGGGGACAGCAAAUUUACACUGUUAUACAAGCUGUACACUCACUACUUUAUAUUGUAGCGAAGUGUCAUUUCCUCAGUGUUGUCACAUGAAAAGAUAUAAUCAAAUAUUUGCAAAAAGUGAGGGGUGUACUCACUUUUGUGAGCUACUGUACCAGCCUCAUCAAUUUUCAGCGGCCGUUUCAAUUCAGGAAGCCUGAGAAAUGGCUUGAAGUUGGUGAGGUAGUAUCAGAAAAUUUACAUAAUUUAAAACCCUGAAAUAAGUACACUUUAAAUUCUUCAAUAAAGAUACAUUGCUGAUGUUAAGAAGCAGUACUACAGUCAUCAGAAAAUGUUGUAAUAUUGUUUUAACCUUACUAUUUUACUGGCUGUUUUGUAUUGUCCAUCAAUUUAACAAAUUUAAAAAGGUGUUGUGUCAGGCAACAUGCUGAAAUAUGUUUAUCACAAGGCAAGUAAAUUCCUUGAUUUAAUGUAGGUUUCAUAGAACCUCAUUUUUAAUUACAAUAUGCAUGGGGAUGGUAUGUUUCAUUGUUAUUAUACAAUAAAAUGAUUUUGAAUUACAGGGCUAGAACAAUUACUGAUUUAAAGGAACACCUACCAAUCCAUGAAUAAAAAACCUUUGUAAAACA